AACUUUAUAACAAUGUUCUUAAGUAAAUAUAAGAAGCAAAUUUUCAUUUCAUUAUACUUUUAAUUAUAAUUAAAAUGAAAUUACCCGACAGCAUAAACUUUAAUACAUAUUUAGCUUAUAAACCUAAUGCAAAGAUAGAACCCGAAAGAAAAAUUAAACCAGAAAAAUUUGAAUGGGAUGACAACCACCCAAAACCUUUAUCUGUUUUGUGUAUCGAAAAGCUGUGUGAAAAUUGGAUGGGUUUUCCAAAACUAGAGGAACUAAUAGCGAAGGAUCGGGAAUUAUUUCUUCAAAUAUUGAAUACAAACGUACCUUUGCAAAUUUUAGUAGACAACAUAAAAAGUGAUAUUUUCUGGAAGAGAUAUUACAAUACCAAAUGGUUCGAUUCACCUCAAAUCACUAACGAAAAACGAUGGAUUAAUGUCUUCAUUGAACGAUAUUACGCAGGUAUUUUAGAAAACAUGAAUCCACGACAAUAUGAUCCUGAAAAGAUGACAACUUUAGUGAAACUUUGUGGUCCUUACAUAGAAUCACUUUCAAUACGAAGCUUGAUCCCAUCUGAUCUUCCAGUUCAAAGAACGACGUCACCUGAGAUGGCGGAUUUAAUAACGAGUCGUCCUAAAAAUGAGCAACAAUCACAGUUUAAAAACAUGGGCCCACUAACAAGAGAUCAUAUAUCUUUGCACGCUGUGUUAGGGAGUUUGACAAAUCUAGUCGAGCUUCAUAUUACUUACCAACUGAAAAAUAUUGGAAUUGAAUACAGGAAAGAUCAAUUUCAAUUUACCAAUAAUGAUGCAAAGAAUCUUGCGCGUGGUCUCGAGAAAUGUGAGCAGUUAAAAGUUUUAAAAAUAACAAGAAGUGAUUUAAAUUGCCAAAGAUUAAAAUAUAUUUUACGAGGCAUAUCUGACAAUCGCAACUUGGAAACACUAGAUUUCAGCCAUUGUAAAAUAAAAGAUGAAGGAGCAGCUUAUGUGGCAAAAUAUAUUUCUAAACACGAAAACCUUAGGAACUUAUUGUUAACAGAUAAUGUUUUCGGACCACCUGGAACAGAAAGCAUAUCACAAGUUCUUAUUCAGUCAAGUUGCAGUGUACGUAAUUUGGACUUGAGGUUAAAUAAUAAACUUGGCUCAGAAGGAAUUGCUUUUAUAGCUAUUGCAAUAGCAAGAGGUUGCAAUCUUACAGCUCUUAACAUUUCCGGUUGUGGUAUAAAAUCAAGACCUCUGUUAAAAACACCCGUAGGUGUUUGGUCGACUACAACUGCAGAAAAUCCGCCGACAUGUGGAGAUUUAUUAGCACGUGCUAUCGGUUUAGUGAAAACCCCUUUGCGGUCUUUAGACAUAAGUGUUAAUGAUAUUGGAUCUCCCAGCGACAUGACGUUGGCUAACGCGAUUUGUCUAAGCUAUCUCAUAGACAUAAAUUUAAAAAGAUCAGGAAUGAGUUCUACUGCAAUGGCAAUUGCAGAAUCAGCAGCAGCAGCACAAAGAUUGAGAAGAGAGACAGAAAAGGGCAUACGCUUUAGAAGAAGUGCUAGUAGAGUUCUACAGGCUCGAAGGGUUGCCAAGUGCAUGAAUAUCGAUGCUGACCCAGUGCUUCUUGCUCAGCAACUUUCUGCUAGGCCAUCUAUAGUAUCUGUAGCUUCAGAAGAAGGGCCUUAUAAUGUAUUUACACAGCCACUACCAACAGAUUUUGGAUUUGUACCUGCCUUCAAAAGCCCUUUGGCGUCUUCUCGAGCUUCGUCCAUUACGGGUCCACCAACGUCAAGAAGAUCAAGUCAUCACAUAGUGCUAGAGCCAGUGAAGGAAGUUCGUCGAACUACUUUGGUACGCCGAGGUUCAGAUGGGUCUCUGCUACAACCAAGAAGUGCUAAUUCUGAACGUCACAUAAAAAUUUUUGUAUCAAAUGAAAUAUAUUACACAGCUGACGAUUAA